UCGGCGCUUCCAGCAUGCUCCUAAGAUGGCGGUAGCGGCGGCGGGCGGCGGCGGGGGCGGCCGGGCGCAGCGCAGCGGCUGGCUGGAAGUUUUGGUGCGGGAGCGCUGGCACAAAGUGCUGGCCAACUUGGGCGGCGAGGCGCUGGUGCUGAGCGGCGAGGAGCGCCCCGACGGCGCGGCCCACAACGGGCUGGGCGGCGAUGGGACGGCGUGCCGCGGGGCCGAGGGCGGCGGGGGACCGGCGGCGGUGCGCACCGCCUUCACCGACCCCCCCGAGCAGGUGCCCGAGGCUAUCUCCAACAAGAAGCGGUGCGUUAAGGUGCUGAAGCAGGAGAUGGGCGGACUGGGCAUCAGCAUCAAGGGGGGCAAGGAAAACAAGAUGCCCAUUCUCAUCAGCAAGAUCUUCAAGGGGCUGGCGGCCGACCAGACCCAGGCUCUCUACGUGGGCGAUGCCAUCCUGGCCGUGAACGGCACCGACCUGCGGGAUGCCACUCACGACGAGGCGGUGCAGGCGCUCAAACGGGCCGGCAAGGAGGUGCUGCUGGAAGUGAAAUACAUGAGAGAAGCAACCCCCUAUGUGAAGAAAGGCUCCCCCGUGUCAGAGAUCGGGUGGGAGACGCCUCCCCCCGAAUCUCCGCGCCUGGGCUGCGCCUCUGCUGAGCCGAUGGCGCAGCUUUCGCUCUCCAUCCACAGGGACAGGAAGACAAUUCCCCUCAAGAUGUGCUACGUGACACGCAACCUGACGGUGCCAGACCCCGAAAACAGAAUUAUUGAAGUUCAUUCACCUGAUGCCAAGCACACCGUGGUGCUCAGGAGUAAGGAUUCAGCUACAGCCCAGGCCUGGUUCAAUGCCAUCCACUCCAGUGUCAAUGAGCUCAUCCCCAGGGUGAUUGCAGAGGUCAGAGACCAGCUGGGUAAAACAGGGAUUGCUGGAAGUCGAGAGAUUAGGCAUCUAGGCUGGCUUGCAGAAAAGGUGCCAGGAGACAAUGAGAAGCACUGGAAGCCAGUGUUAGUGGUUUUGACAGAGAAAGACCUCUUAAUAUAUGAGAGCAUGCCACGGAUAAAGGAAGCCUGGUUCAGCCCUGUGCAUACCUACCCCCUGCUCGCCACCAGGUUGGUUCAUUCUGGCCCAGGAAAAGGCUCACCAAAGUCAGGGGUGGAUUUGUCUUUUGCAACCCGUACCGGUACAAGACAAGGGAUUGAAACUCACCUGUUCAGGACUGAGACCAGUCGAGACCUCUCACUGUGGACGAGGAGUGUAGUGCAGGGCUGCCACAAUUCUGCAGAACUCAUCACAGAAAUCACCACAUCUUGCACAUACAAAAGCCAGGAGUGCCGCUUGACCAUCCACUAUGAACAUGGAUUCUCUCUUACGACCGAACCACAAGAUGGUGCCUUCUCCAAGACAAUUGCACAAUAUCCCUACGAGAAACUGAAAAUGUCCUCAGAUGAUGGAAUAAGGAUGCUUUAUUUAGACUUUGGAGAAAAAGAUGGAGAAAUUCAACUGGACCUUCAUUCCUGUCCAAAACCAAUUGUUUUCAUCAUUCAUUCCUUCCUGUCAGCAAAGAUCACGAGACUGGGCUUGGUGGCAUAAGUGGGAUCCAUCUGUUUCUUCAAAGUAAGACAGGAUAACCACACUAAUCUGAAGUACAGUCAACAGCAGCAACCUGUCCUAGCUGGCAGCAGACACCAGCCUGAGACUCAGCACUGGGCAUUGGUCAUUUCUGCAGUCCUCCGAGGCCCAGGUUUCAUUUUAACCAGCUAAAGAGAUGGCAUGACAAGGAAGAUGGGGGAUUUCAUUGUAAAUAAUGGGAUUUUAAAAUCCCAUAUGAGACCGUGAAAGUGUGUAGUACCAUACAUGUAAAUGUUUCAGAAGCAUAAAUUGUGCCUAUUUCAAUGUACUUGUCUAUAUAAAGUAAAGGGCUAUGCAGACAAGCACUUGUUGGUUGUGAUGCAAGCCAAGGUUGGUUGGGGAGAAAUCCUCUAAAAAUUGUCCCAUCACCUGAAAGUAAAAGGUUCUUUCAGUUAUAAUCUGUGCACCUCUUACAGAUUUUUCUUUUGAAGCACUGCCAGAACCUGUUGCAUGAAUACCCAGCAGAGCCUGCAAAUACACACCUUUGAGUUGGACACUGAAGCAAUCCAGCUGUGGGCAGCUAACAGCUGAAGGGCCCCCCAGAGGCAGUUUCACAUUAAGCAGUAACCACGAGCCCACAUUCCUAGUGAUGAGCCAAAGCAGGACCAGCCACAGGGAUGGUACUGAGAGCCAGCUGUCAGGGGGGCACAGGCAGGAGGGUCCUUUGUUAAUGAACACAGGAUGCAUUUUUAUAGUGACUCCCCACAACAGCAUAAUGAGUUUCAGCUAUCUGGGAGCCCCAGCUCAGGUAAAAGCUACCUGAAUCCAUUCUGAGGCAUGAUGAUGCUCCUGCCAGCUUAUGUCCAUGGCAGUUUUCCAGAAGAAAGCCAUACUAAGAUUCUGUCCUCCUACCCCUACUGAGUCGCCCCCUUUGCUCAGACAAGGCUGGUUGGGUUGUCUUCACAGAAAAACAGAGGGAAGGAGGAAGACUUGAUUUUAUGAGUUUGUAAAAAAUUUAUUCAAGCAGCUCCACAACAGUGAGAAACAUACACCAGGGCAGGAACAUGAGCUGCACUCCUUGACUUGGAACUGCUCCUGUGGGCAUGACUUGGCAAGACUAUGUUUCUUGCUGGGGAAAUACAAGAUGUUCAUCUCCAUGCCCACACCUUACUGGUGACUGUUUUGCACCACAGCUUACUGUUGGGACUCAAAACGUGAUUCACUGAGUUUCAGCCUUGUUCACAGCUACUUGAGCAGCAAAAAGCAGGCAGGCUGUUUUUUGAGUUUUGCCCUAAAAUCACACUUUGAAGGACAGAAAGUAAUAUAUUCAGUGUUUGUAGAUGUUCAGUUUUCAUAUUACAACAUUUCUUUUAUUCCUGAGAAAGAACAUAGAUUUCAACGCAGCAUCAUUUGGCUGGCAAAGGAGAAAAUUAAAAUGACAUUUUAGUUCCAUGCUGUUUUUGAGCUAAGUUUGAGAGUUAAGCGUAGUCAAGCUGUCUAUUCAAAGCAUAAAAACAUGGUGAUUUCCAUAGGUAUCUUAAUCAUCAAAACCAAUUAAAAUAGUAAGAUGAUGAGCUGAAUUCAUAAGUACAGAAAAUAAUCACCGAAGAACAGCUCAAUGCCCCAUUGGAGGAGCAGCCCCACUCCCAGGACCUGUCACCAGUCAAAGGCAUGCCAGGGAGAGAUCCACCCCGCUCUGCACUUUCAUUUUAUUGUCAUGGUACUUGCACUUAAAAAUUAAUUCCUCAUGUAAAUUAACAAGCAGGUAACAUGUUACCUAACUUACCAGUAAUUUCCAGAUGGACAUUUCUCAUUUAGUGACCACUGCCAUUCACACAGCUUUCUGUGGCAGUUCCUUGGGACUCCUUGGGCUUGGAAGCUUCUAGGAGAGCUCUGAGAAGCUGAGAGCAGUCGGUACGCAGGGGGACGGAACUCUGAGGAGGAGCUCAUGUCACCUUACCAAGGAAACUCUUGUGUCAAGUCUUUAAAAACUAGUUCAGGACAUUUUUAUUGCUGUUCCAAAGUACAACUUAAAAAUUUGGAGAUAGGCUCCUAUAAAAGUGCUGGGGGAGUAGGUUAAAUACAUAUGUAAACUACACUGCACUAUUUCCUUAUUCCUUUUAACACUUACAAAUCACUGGAAUGUUAUACCUAACAUGUAUGUGCAUUGUAAAUAUUACAAAUUCCUAUAUUAGUGCCAACAAUUAAAUUACACAAAAUGUAAUCUAAGGUGCUCAGUACUAUAUAAAGUCUAAGUGAAUAACUAAGCAGUUUGCAAAGAAAAUUCAUAUUAUAUAUAUUUAUAGAAAAAAAAUAAUGAUGAUUACAGAUGCUAUUUCUUCAUUUUCAGAUUUUGGACUGAUUCAUAUUUGGAUGGGAUAGACAAAUGAUGUAUGAACCUACUCCACAUUUAUAAGAGUAUAGUGAAUAUUUAUAUUUUAGAGGAAAAGAAUAUAUUUAAUAAAGUCAUUUAUUGGA